AUGCGCUUCACUGCUUUCAUCGCAGCCACCAUGGCUCUGGCCGGCUCUGCCGCAGCACAGUGCCACGCUGGCGGCACUGCCAACUGCAAGCCUGGCUUCGACUACUGCGCCUCGACCCUGAAUAAUCGAGGUGACGCUGACUCUGCAAUCCGAGACGCAAUGAGAGCCGCAGACUACUCCUCCUUCAGGGUCAAUGCUCCGGGAACUUGGGAUAACAUCCUCUUCCAUUGCAACAAUGACUAUACGCUGAAGGUCGUGAAGCAGUGCCCCGAAGCUCGUUGUGUGGACGGUGGUUUGAACAAGAAUGAUUACUGCGACAAGGAGGGUAGUGCUUUUGAUUUUUUCUAA